AUGAAGCGCAAGCAGCAUCAUGUAGAAUACGGUCACAAACCGUGCAAGGAAAACACAUCGAGCUCAUACAUGCUACAAUAUCCAGAUCCUGCUAUUCGCUGCUUGAAGAAAGUCGUGACUUAA